AGUCUCCGUGUCGUCGGGUGGUGAUCGACUCUCCGAUUUACCUACCCCUGUUACGACGAAUCCUAGUUCGCCUCGGCUCUUCAGCCCUCCUGAGCUCUUUAAAUUCCAGGCUCCGUCCACGCCUUCGGCUGCGCUCCUCGGUGCUGGGUUAGGACGAGCUUCACAUGACACCGCCGGCUUCCUCAGUGGAUUUUACAAAUCUACUUAACCCUCAGAAUAACGAGAUUGGAUCUGCACCUUCCACGACAGUGGACAGUCCCAAAGGUCCCUCUACCCCGUCUAGUACUCCGUCCAAAUCUACCAUGGCUUCCUCCGUUAGCCUCCUGCCGCCCCUUAUGAAGGGUGCUCGUCCUGCAACGGAAGAAGCGCGCCAGGAUCUCCCCCGACCAUACAAGUGUCCCCUCUGUGACCGCGCCUUCCAUCGUCUGGAGCACCAGACCAGACAUAUUCGUACACAUACAGGUGAAAAACCGCACGCCUGCCAGUUCCCUGGCUGCACAAAACGAUUCAGUCGCUCUGAUGAGCUGACACGCCACUCGAGAAUCCACAACAACCCCAACUCCAGACGGAGUAAUAAGGCGCAGCACCUGGCCGCUGCCGCUGCCGCUGCCGCUGCCGGUCAAGAAAAUCCAAUGGUUAACACCACGGGCUCGAUGAUGCCUCCCCCAAACAAGCCUAUGACCCGCUCCGCGCCUGUCUCUCAAGUUGGAUCUCCGGAUAUCUCUCCCCCUCACUCCUUCUCGAACUACGCUGGUCAUAUGCGGUCAAACUUGGGACCUUACGCUCGUAACAGCGAGCGGGCCUCAUCGGGAAUGGACAUCAACCUACUUGCUACGGCUGCAUCUCAGGUUGAGCGUGAUGAACAUUUUGGAUUCCACGCUGGUCCACGCAACCAUCUAUUUAGCUCGCGUCACCACUCCGGCCGAGGCUUGCCUUCUCUUUCCGCAUACGCUAUUUCACACAGCAUGAGCCGUUCUCACUCCCACGAGGACGAGGAUGGCUACCAUCAUCGCGUCAAACGCUCGAGGCCGAACUCGCCGAACUCGACUGCUCCGUCCUCUCCCACUUUCUCCCACGAUUCUCUCUCCCCUACCCCAGAUCACACUCCCUUAGCAACUCCCGCUCAUUCGCCACGUUUGAGACCACUGGGAGCCAGUGAACUUCAUCUUCCUUCAAUUCGCCAUCUAUCACUCCAUCAUACACCUGCUCUUGCUCCAAUGGAGCCUCAACCGGAUGGCCCUAACUACUACAGUCCUAGCCAGUCCCACGUCGGUCCCACUAUCAGCGAUAUCAUGUCAAGACCCGAUGGAACCCAACGCAAACUGCCUGUUCCUCAGGUUCCCAAGGUCGCUGUGCAGGAUAUGCUUAACCCUGCCGCCGGAUUUACGUCUGUCACUUCGUCAACGAAUAAUUCCGUCGCAGGUGGCGAUCUGGCAGAACGUUUCUAGCCGACCAUCGCUGCGAAAUCAUUUCAAUGUAUAAAAUUCCUUGGCUCAACAAAACUUUUGUGACUGCCAAACGCGCUACGAAACGAAUAGACUUUGUGUGCAUUUAAAAUGUGUGGUU